AUGUAUUCUGACUAUAAGGGUAGGGAGACCUAUAAGGCCCUUGUAGGAAUUACUCCUGCUGGAAGGGUGUCUUUUGUUUCCCAGCUUUAUUAUGGCAGUUUAUCUGACCGAGAGAUAGUGGAAAGAAGUGGUCUUCUUAACCCAAGGAUGUUUGAUGAUGGUGAUGAAAUAAUGGCAGAUAAAGGAUUUAACAUAAGAGAUCUUACUGACAAAAUUGGGGUGAGGCUUAACUUGCCAAUUUUUCUUGGAUCCAGGGAUCAAUUUGAAGCUAAUGAAACUGUUAUUAACCAGAAAAUAGCCUCCAACAGAAUACAUGUGGAACGUUUCAUCAAUAAGGUGAAAAAGUUUCGACUUUUAGACAGAACAAUUCCACUGUCUCUGCAUGGAUCUAUUAAUCAGUUGUGGACAGUUGCAGCUCUAUUGACAUUGUUUCACUAUCCAAUCAUAUCUGCAUGA